ACGAUUCAUGCAUUGAAAAAAAUUGGAAGUUUUCGAGUAUUCAAAAGCUUGCGAAAUUUCGCAUCAGCUGACUCGAUUUUUGCGUUCGUCUCUCCUCAGAUAAUUGCGUUUGAUGAACUCAAGACGGAUUACAAGAAUCCAAUUGAUCAGUGCAACAGUUUGAACCCGCUGGUGUUGCCGGAAUACUUGAUGCAUAUGGCGUUCAAUUUAUUAUUGCUAAUUUCCGGUGAAUGGGUGACAGUUCUGAUCAAUGCUCCGCUGAUCGCAUACCAUGUUUUGAGGUAA